GAUGAUGAUGGUACAGCCUAUCUCGUUUACUCAUCUGAAGACAAUAGUGAGCUCCAUAUAGGACCUCUUUCAGAAGAUUAUCUCGACGUGACCAAUGUAGCGAAAAGGAUUCUCGUCGGCCAGCACCGGGAAGCACCGGCUUUGUUUAAACACCAGGGAACUUACUAUAUGAUCACAUCGGGUUGCACGGGAUGGGCACCAAACGAGGCACUGGCACACGCAUCAGAGUCGAUAAUGGGUCCAUGGGAGACGUUGGGAAACCCUUGUAUAGGUGGAAACAAGUUGUUUCGACUGGCUACCUUCUUCUCUCAGAGCACAUUUGUUCUUCCCCUACCUUCACACCCCGGCUUGUUUAUUUUCAUGGCAGACCGAUGGAACCCUGCCGACCUUAGAGACUCGAGGUACAUUUGGUUGCCGUUGAUGGUUGGAGGACUUGUCGAUCAACCCCUCGACUACAAUUUUGGGUUCCCUUUGUGGUCAAGAGUGUCGAUAUAUUGGCAUAGGAAGUGGAGGCUUCCUCAAGGCUGGAAUCCGUUGAAAUGAUACAAAAUGUUCGUCGUCUCCCACUCGAUGUACCAUACAAGAAAGUUUGUUUGAUUCUUUUGGUGUCCCAUAGUUUUCCUUACCAACUCAAUAAUGUUAACUAGUUCGUAUUAAAGGCACAUAAUUAACAACCCUUGAAUGAACUUAUAAAUCAUUUCUCCCUCA